UAGUAAGUUUAAGUGAGUAUAGCACAGAACACAAUUGUCAGUUGGCUGGAGAUUAAAUUUGUAGAAUUAAGGCUUAAUUUUAAUUUUAUCGUAAGAUAAUGAAGUGCUGGGGUCGUUCCACACUUGGUGUGGUUGUUGGUGGCAUAAAUGUACUGUUCUACAUAAUAUGCGUCGUGAAUGUUAUUUUAGCCAUAUUGGACAUAAAUGGGGAAGAGCAAAGGAGUCGAUAUAAACAUGAUACACUUGCGAUGUACAAUGCGUUAUUUGCCACCUUAUUUGUUUUCUUUCUACUUAUGAUUCUUUUAUCCAGUCUUCUGAUAGUGGGCAUUAUUAAGAGACGUCAUAAACUGAUGCUACCCUGGCUAAUAGUAACUGGUAUUUUGUUGGUUUUAAAUUGUUUACGUUUAGCUUUUAAUGUCAUAUUUGGCAUAAUCGUGGAAAGUCACGUGACGUCUGUUUUAAUAACUUUCAUUGUGGCUUUAGCAGUAAUCGCUUUUUCAGUAUCAUUAUGGUGGGCUAUUUAUAUCUUAUAUGGUGAAAUACGAAAAGAUAGUAAUGGAAAAAGCGGCCGGUGUAUAAAACAAACCGAUAAAAAAAUGCGAUUAUAAGUCUCCAAACAGCAAUGAAAUUUGAUUCUUUUAUGAUUAUAGUUCUGAGAAAUUUUGUUCUGAAAUAAAGUAGAAAUAUUUAAAAACUCUUA